UUUUUUUAAUAUCUGCCACAAAAUAAAGUUUGGCGCAGUAUUGCUGGUGACAUCCGCUACGAUAUUUUUUAAAGUUUUUAUUAGUUUAACUGACACCAGAAUCUUUCGUUAAAUAUAUUUUCACAAUUAAAAUAAGUAAAUAAUAAAUAAUCCAUGAUAAGUUUACUCUAUAUUAAUUCACGCAGUACAAAUAUAACAACUUCUAUUACAAUCAUAAUUGUAUUUACACCAGACUCAUCAUCUCAACUCUCAACUCUCAUCAACUCUAUUCAUCCUCAAUUAUCAACUACAACUAAAAUAGCUAACAUAUUCACCCAAUUUAAUCUCGAUCAAAAAAUAAGAAGAAGAAAUAUUAAUAUGAUGAACCGAUGAGAAAGAAGAGCGAAGCGGUCAAAAUCUAAUAUACUUUACGUAUGUAUCCUAAUAAAAAAUUUUAAUUAGUGCAGAAUUCGCUGAUUUUUUCGUUGAAAUUAUUAUGUUAUUAAAUAAGUAUCUUUAUGCUAUUUUUAGUUGUAUUUUUAUAAUCGUUUUGAUAUUAUUUCCCACACUUUUACCAAAUUUAUUUUUCACUAAAGCUGCUGUAAUUUUUUACGUACCAAUAUAUGCGCAGUACUUGAUUAUCGUACUUUUUUGGAACACCACUGAUUACCUCGAAACCAAUAAAAUGAUGAUUCUAAUUGGUCAAAUCAAUUUAAAUCUUCCUUUUGGGAUUAUAUCAUUAAUUACAUAUUACAAUUGCAGAUUUGUCUGAUUAACAUUUAUUACAUAAAGAAAAUGACGGAUUGCGUUCUGCAAAGACGAAAGAUAAUAUGUAAAACAGGGUAUUUAAAUUUUAUUUCGUAUAAUCAUGUACAUGAUUAAUAUUGUUAAAUAAAGAAGCUAUUU